UUAAUUGAGGAAGAAAUAACUGAAGAGGAAAAUUUAAAUGGAAUAAAAAGAUUAAAAGAAUUAGAUUUAAUGCAUUAUUUACAAAUUAGAAAUUGUUUUGAAAGAAGUUUUAAAGUAAAAAUAGUUGGGGAAGAAAUUGAAGUUAAUUUACUUAUUGAAAUAACUGGAUUACAUCACAAUAAUGAUAAAAAUUUAAUUAAUGUUAAAAAUAAAAUGAGAAAUAUUUUGGGGGAAAAUAUGUUUAAUAAAAUAGAAAUGGCAUUUCCUGUUAUAUUUGAAAUUGGUAAAAAAUAA